AUGUCCGACACCUGGGUCCCCGGCCUCGUACCCACCUUGCUGCUCGGCCUGCUGGCCGGCCCCCAACAGGCUGCAGCCAAAUGUGGACUCUUCUUCACCUGCCCCAAAGGAUUCAAAUGUUGUGGUGACGACUGCUGCCAAGAAUAUGAGCUAUUCUCCAGUCCCCUGAGGAUCUUCGUCAUCACCUUCCUCAUCAUUCUGCCCCUUUUGUGCGUCUGCUGCCUGGCUAAGCGGUUCUGUCGCAGCUGUGGAGAACAGGAGCAGGACCCCCCAGUGGAUCACCAGGGGCCCCCGGAGCCACCCUCCAUUGCCCCCCCAGAGAGGGUCAGGACGCCCACCUCUGAGCCCCCGCCCCCCUACAGCGAGAUUAUUCUGAAGCCUGUCCUGCCCCCCAUGGAGCCACCCCCUCCCUACAGCUUCAGUCCUGAAGAAUAUGCUGGGGUGCACCAACAACCCAGGGGCAUCGACAACCCAGCCUUCUGA